AUGCCAUCUCGUCACCUCCGAUCUCUCUCUCCACCAUCCCCACCACUUCACCACCGCCACAUCCACCUCCUCCCUCCCCUUCUUGCUGGAACACUAACUCUCAUUCUAAUUUUUCUUAUUGUACUUCUAAUCUUGUUCUAUCGCAAAAUCACGCGUAACCGUACAGCUCCGAUAACAAAAUCUCCAAAUCACCACCACAACCAAUGCCGCUGCUACUCUUACUCCCUCCUCCGCCGUGCAACCUCCUCAUUCUCACCAUCUAACCGCCUCGGCCACGGCGGAUUUGGAUCAGUGUACAAAGCAACACUUCCUAACACCAAUCAACAUUUAGCUGUUAAAUUGAUGGACCAAAAUGGUUCACUUCAAGGGGAGAGAGAGUUCCAUAACGAACUCUCUAUUGCUUCUUGUUUAGAUUCUCCUAACAUUGUUUCUCUCCUUGGUUACUCGUGUUCGCGAAAGAAGAAAUUAAUUUUAGUCUAUGAAUUAAUGGAGAAUAGGAGCUUACAGGAAGGUUUGUUUGAUGGGAAAUGUGAAGAGUUAAUGAGUUGGAAGGUCAGGUUUGAUUUAGUGAUGGGUGUAGCUAAAGGACUUGAGUAUUUGCAUCAUUUUUGCAAUCCUCCGGUGAUUCAUGGGGAUAUUAAGCCUAGUAAUAUCUUGCUUGAUUCGUGUUUUAAAGCGAAAAUUGGGGAUUUUGGACUAGCAAGAUUGAAGAUUGAGGAGAGUAAUGGUUUUGCGGAGAAGAAAGAGGGUUUCGGAGAGGAUAAUGGGUCGAUUUUGGAGGAGACGGAGAGUGUGGGGAGUGGAUGUGGAGAGAGUGGGAUUAUUGGUGUUGGUGGGGUUGAGAGAUCGCCGGAGAGUUUUGGUGUUAGGAUUUUGGAUUCAGAUGCGUCGCCGGAGAUGGUGUCGGUGGUCUCACCUGAGGUUGGAGUGGAUAAAGGGAGCGUAUCGGAGGCAGGGUUUGAUAAGAUGAGUGUUGAUAGUGGGAGAGAAUUGAUUGUUGGAGGGAAGAAAGGUGGGUCGAGGAGGGAUUGGUGGUGGAAACAGGAAAAUGGAGGUGGUUCGGAGUCGGGGAGGGUGAAGGAUUAUGUGAUGGAGUGGAUUGGAAGUGAGAUUAAUAAGGAGAGACCUAAGCAAGAAUGGAAUGUCGUGUCUCCAAGUUCCAGUGAUAAUAAGUUGUUGAGCACGAAAAGUUUAAAGAUGGAGCCAAAGAAGCAUAAGAAGCGAUUGGAAUGGUGGGUUUCUUUGGAUGAGGAAAGGAUGAAGAAGAAGGAGAAGAAUAGGAAACCUAGAGAGUGGUGGAAGGAAGAGUUUUGUGAGGAACUUACAAAGAAAAAGAAGAAGAGAGGGCUUAGUUCGAGCAAUAGUGGAGAUCUAUGGUGGCAAAAGGAUGAUGAAUUUGUACCAGAGAGGAAGAAGAAGAGGAAGAGUAAGGGUAGUAUUGAUUGGUGGUUGGAUGGAUUUAGUGGUGAAUUCAGAAAUGGGAGAAGAAAUAGCCAGGAUUGGGCUAGUGGAGAGAUCCCAAAGAGUGGUGGUAUUAGUAGCACGCCUAGCAUGAGAGGAACGGUGUGUUAUAUUGCCCCUGAAUAUGGUGGUGGCGGUCUGUUGUCGGAGAAGUGUGAUGUUUAUAGUUUUGGUGUUCUGCUCCUUGUGGUGGUUUCUGGGAGAAGACCACUGCAAGUAACUGCCUCGCCAAUGUCAGAAUUUGAGAGGGCUAAUUUAAUCUCUUGGGCUAGGCAACUUGCAUACAAUGGGAAGCUCUUGGAUCUUGUUGAUCCUUCAAUACAUUCAUUGGAUAAGGAUCAGGCAUUGCUUUGUAUUACCAUUGGUCUACUCUGUUUGCAGAGAUCACCUAGCAAACGGCCUACAAUGAAAGAAAUUGUGGGGAUGCUUUCUGGUGAGGCAGAGCCACCCCACUUGCCAUUUGAAUUUUCACCAUCGCCGCCGUCCAAUUUUCCAUUUAAGUCUCGAAGGAAGGCCCGGUGA